UAACACCAAGUCACGAGACAAAUGCGGUCGCAAAGCCUGGUCAGCGCCUCCCCGUGAAUGCGUCUUACGCAGACGGCCAGCAGAUAGAGCUCUUCUUAAAUAGAUCAACGUGUCGACGCAGUGAGUAGAUCUCAAGGCAGUGGUGUCAAAGUGACUCAGUAUUUCAUGAGACUUUUGUUUGACCAUCCCUAGAUGAGAGAUGCUCUUUAGAUGUGGACUGGCGUAGAAAAGUCUUGAAACGGUCAAUGUAGUGGCACACAGCUCCGCAAUGCGUCCUUCUGCUACACCGCCAUUCCCCCUUCUGUUUUCUCCUCUUAAUGCUCGAUUGUUGAAACCGAGACUGAGUGAAACAAGGAGUGAGACUUCUUCCUUUUGUACCUAUCUGUGUUGGAGACCGCCGUACGUUGACGUCACGGCGGUUCAUUUAUUCUGCUGGCUUCCUGCUGAGUCUCUCCACUCCGUCGCUUGUAGCGGUAACACGCUGCCACUCCUCCUCUCCUCAGCUAACACCACACUCCCAACUUCCCGAGCCGAGGGCAACCAUCGACACAUUUGGGUGGGGUGUCAUUGAGGAGCUCACUGAAACAGGACUGCAGACAUCAUGGUGAACAUCCCAGAAUAUUAUGCAGGAAAAAAUGUGCUGAUCUCUGGAGCAACAGGCUUCAUGGGCAAGGUGCUGCUGGAGAAACUGCUGAGGUCCUGCCCAGAAAUCGGAGCCGUCUAUGUGAUGGUCCGGUCAAAAGCCGGGCAGAGCCCUCAAGCCCGAGUUGCCGACAUGACUAACUGCAAGUUGUUUGAAAGGUUGCAGUCCGAGCAGCCAGACUUUGCAGAGAAGAUCAUAGCGGUGAAAAGUGACCUCACAUAUCCGGAGCUGGAUCUGAGCAAAGAGGAUCAGAGCGUCCUGGCUGAAAAUGUUAACAUCGUCUUCCACUGCGCCGCCACCAUCCGCUUUAAUGAGCCACUCAAAGAUGCCAUGCAGCUGAAUGUCUUGGCCACCCAGAAGAUGCUGGCCCUGGCCCACAGAAUGAAGCACCUGGAUAUAUUUAUUCACAUCUCCACAGCCUACGCCCACUGUGACAGAGAAGUCAUCGAGGAAGUAGUCUACCCUCCCCCAGUAGACUACCGUAAACUCAUCGAUACUCUGGGCUGGAUGGAUGACGAUCUGGUAUCGGCACUGACUCCCAAGCUGAUUGGAGAGCGCCCCAACACCUACACCUACACCAAGGCUUUGGCCGAGUAUCUGGUGCAGCAGGAGGCUGGAGACCUUAAUGUAGCCAUUGUCAGACCCUCCAUAGUUGGAGCCAGCUGGAAAGAACCCUUCCCUGGCUGGAUCGACAACUUCAACGGACCAAGUGGGAUAUUCAUUGCUGCUGGUAAGGGGAUCCUGCGCACGAUGAGAGCAUCUAAUGAUGCUGUGGCUGACCUGGUGCCAGUCGACGUGGUCAUCAACGCCAUGCUGGCUGCAGCUUGGUACUGUGGAUCACAGAGGCUUAACAGGUCUAAAAACAUCCUGGUGUACAACUGCACAACUGGUGGGAUCAACCCAUUUCACUGGGGGGAAGUUGAGUACCAUGUAAUAUCCACAUUCAAGAGGAACCCCCUUGAGCAGGCCGUCCGUCGGCCCAAUGUUAAUCUCACAUCCAAUCAUCUUAUCAAUCAGUACUGGAUCGCUGUGAGCCACAAGGCUCCGGCCUUCCUCUAUGAUCUGUACCUCAGGCUGAUUGGACGAGAGCCCAGGAUGAUGAAGACAAUAACUCGCCUCCACAAAGCUAUGAUGGUCCUUGAGUACUUCACCAGUAACUCCUGGAUGUGGAACACGGACAACAUGGCCAUGCUGCUGGCCCAGAUGAGUCCUGAGGAUAAGAAGGUGUUUAACUUUGACGUGCGUCAGCUGCACUGGGCGGAGUACAUGGAAAAUUACUGUAUGGGCACCAAAAAGUACGUCCUCAAUGAAGAGCUGUCGGGGCUGCCGGCUGCACGAAAACACCUCAACAAGCUGAGGAAUAUACGCUACACCUUUAACACUGUCCUGGUGGUGCUGAUUUGGCGCAUCUUCAUCGCCCGAUCCCAGAUGGCCCGAAACAUCUGGUACUUUGUGGUGAGCCUCUGCUUCAAAUUCCUGUCGUACUUCAGAGCUUCCUCCACCAUGAGAUAAUGAGCAAGGGGACACAGUGGUGGGUGGAGAGACAGAUGGAUAAGGACAUGAAGAUAAGAGGUGCCUGUGCUCAAAGUGCUGUUUUCCAUGAUGCUUGAAGAUUAAAGCGAAACACAGUGAACACAAAGUGCCCCUGGACGAGCUCGCAUCGCUCUGAGGUGUUGUCUAGAGAUUUGGCACUUCAUGAAAUGCAGCAUUUCUUCUCAUACCAUAAAGUACUCAUUAACUGUGCUAGGGCUAAUUGUAGAAAAGGAUAAAAAAAUGCAUUUUGGUCUCAUUCUGUUCAUCUUCAGCCAGUCCAGUCCUUCUGGUUGCAGCUUUUCUUCUGCUCCCUUUCAUCUGGCAAAGCUAUGCAUUGAAUGAUGCUCUGCACCAAAAUUCUCAGCAGUCCGUCUUGGUUUUCUUCGUUUAGGUUCUGUGUCUCCAAAAAUAAAGACUCAAGCAGCAUUUAUUGUUUGUUUUUUGCUUAAGUUUACUCAGCAGGACUUUCAUCUGACACGCAGCAUUUGCAAGGCAAGACAUAAACCUGGAAAAUGUUGGUUUUCAACAUUUUUAAAUGGGCUUGUUCAGGAACAGGCUGGCAAGACUUUGGAAAAGAUCAAAAGCCAUUUCAACCAACGUCAGCUUGUUGUAAAGAAUAAUUUGAAUUGAACCCUCACCAGGAUUUGUUGCUGACCUUUCUUUAUUUUUUCUUUUUUUUUCUUUUUCCUGCACUCCUGUUAUCUCAGACGGCUGCAGCCAGUUCUCUUCUUACAACCAAGCACAAUGCAUAUUGUAAUGGCUUUACUGAGUGCCUACAAACUGAUUAUUCUUGCAUCAGCAGAUCUUUCAAAAACCUCUUCUUCGUGUUUUUUGUUUUUUUGUGUGUGUGUGUGUGUCUAGAAGUUAUUUGUGACCAUAAAAUUUAAUCAUUUUUGCCUAAAUAGCCCUUUGCUGAGCUCAUAGCUCAGCAGGGGAUGAGACUGGUGACGAUGAGAGAAAAAAUGGUCUCGCUUAUUCUGCUCGUGUUUCUCUUGAUUGUUUUGAAAGUAAACCAUAAGUAGCGGUUCACAUCUUGUAAUGGUCGCUGUUCUUCGAGUACACUACUUACAAGUAGCACUAACUUGAGGUCAUUGUCUCUCUGAAUGGGUUAUCUUACUUUAUCCAUCUUCUGUUGCAAAUAUAUGCAUGUUUGUGCAACUGUUACUGUUGUAUGAUCAUUAUCUGUGAAGCUUCUGUAAAUACACAUGUAGGAAGUGAUCUUGAAUUUCUAUCUUUUUUUUUUUUU